AUUGCUGAUACCAAAGGGGCACUUCACUGCAAGAUAUCACAAUGGCUAAUGACUUCCUAGCAGAUCAAAUGGAUGAGUUAGCGAAAAAACUUUUGAAGUACAGGAUCAGCGAUGUAAGUUAUUUUGGGUCGGUAUCAUAUGUCCAAUAAAAUGUUGCUCAUCCUGUGGACGCGAACGAUGAGUACACGUGUGACCUCCCAGUUCUAUAUUAUUGCACCCUGGACGUCUUAUUUCGCGUAGCGAGGCGGUAGAGUGUGUUGGCGACACUGAGGUCAUUUCUCGUGCGCAUGUUUUUUAGGAGCAGUAGACCAUGGCCGUUAAAAAUUUUUUACGCCAUGUCUUCGUAAAAUCCAUUUCCCUUUCUGGUAGUCAUGCGUUUCCCUAAUGUCCAUAUUUUGACUACCUUAUUGGCUAGCAGUAAAAUUGUUGUAAACCAUGCGCCACAACUUGCAGUAAUGACAAUGAAACUCUCGCAUAUUAGUACACGAACUUGUGUGUGUUAACUGUGUAUGACUUCAGCUGCCUAGUGACCAUAGAAGUGAAAAAAAAAAAGAUUAUGUGUCGGGCAGUUGUGUUUUAAAAUUGUUCUCUCCUUGAAGGAAAGUUUCAGUACCGUAUAGCUACUUUUAACACCUAAUGUCAUGGGCGCCCGCAGGUAGUGGCAAGGAUUGUGUGUGUUAAAUGUGUAUGACUUCAGCUGCCUUGUGACCAUAGAAGUGAAAAAAAAAAAAAGAUUAUGUGUCGGGCAGUUGUGUUUUAAAAUUGUUCUCUCCUUGAAGGAAAGUUUCAGUACCGUAUAGCUACUUUUAACACCUAAUGUCAUGGGCGCCCGCAGGUAGUGGCAAGGUGGGGCACUUGCCCCCCCCCCCGAUUGAUUGGAUAAAAAUUUUUAGACAAAAAUAGACAAAAAAUUUAUUAAAAUAAAGAGAAAAUAAAGAGACAGUAACUAAGCUGAUGUCCUGUCCGUUCGUUCACCAUACAAAUAUGCUACAGUAAAUUAAAACUAUAUUAAAACAUUACUAAAAAUUUUUUGCCCCCCUCCUGGAAAGUUAAUUGAUUUUUUUUUGCCCCCCCCCCUAGAAAGUUUUCUGCGGGUGCCCAUGCCUAAUGUAAUUUAGGAAGUAAAAAAAGUAAUGUUUUUUUUCUUUUUCUUGUUCACGGCUCAAAGAUCACAGAAAGGGAGCGACUGGAAUUUCUAACUGUCCUUAACAAAUUAAGGAGAAACGGGUCCCCGGUUGACUUUGGCGAUUUCAUUAAAUGCAUAGAGUCCAGCGGAGUCGCACAUAAUAAGUGCGUGAGAAUAAAAAGAAACGUGGAUAGCUGCCUGCAGGUAAGUUCUACAGAAUUGUUUUGUUUUGUUUUUUAAAUAUUUUGUUUUUUAUUAUUACUUUGCAUCACUAAUCAAGUUAAAUUCGUUCGUUGUUGUGCUGCGUUCCCUUUUUCAGGUUUGACCAAACUUUGAUUUACUCAUUUCCUAUUUUGCUAACCCGAUUGCAUUCUCUCCCCUUAUGACCAUUAAUUUAAAUUUACUACUUGACUGCUGCUUAUUGAAUGCUACCGUCUUAUCACCUCCCUUUUUUUUUCUUAUUUUGAUGUAUUAUUUUAUUUUGUUAUAUUUUUUCUGGUCUUUGUCGACGAAGGCUUCCUGCCAACACGUUCGUUGUUACGUUCCGUUUGUUUUUUCUUUCAGGUUUGACCAUACUUUGUUUUACUCAUUUCAAAUUUUAUAAGUCUGCUCUUUUUAACGGGUUUCAACAAAUCUUUUUUCAGGUGGACCAGAUAAAGUUUUACCCCCAUUACCUGCUCUGCAAGAUUUUCAGGUUCCCUACGGCAAACUUCUUCGAUUUAAAAGACGUCAGUUUGUGCCCCUUUGGUAUCAGCAAAAGAGAAAAAUUGCUAUGCAUCAAUCCCUAGCAUUAUAAACGCCUUGGGGUCCCCAGGUUAGUUGAGCAGUUAUCUUAGUAUAUUACAUUUACUAGACUAAACAACCCAAUAUCUUUUAAUUCUUUUACACAUAGUUUCUCAACGGUGGUAUUUAGGUCUAUGUUAUUAACCUAUUUGAUAUAACUAUUUAAUACACUUACUUAUUUAUAUAUCUAUUGGAUUGAAAUAUUUGAUAAAUCUAUUGGAUAUUCCUGUUUGAUUUACCUAUUUGAUAUAUCUAUUUGAUUUCCCUUGAAUCCAGUAAGUGUUCAGUUCAUGUUAGGGGGGUCAUCCAAAAAGUGUUCAGUUCAUGUUAGGGGGGUCAUCCAAAAAGUGUUCAGUUCAUGUUAGGGGGGUCAUCCAGUAAGUGUUCAGUUUAUGUUAGGGGGGUCAUCCAAAAAGUGUUCAGUUCAUGUUAGGGGGGUCAUCCAGUAAGUGUUCAGUUUAUGUUAGGGGGGCGUCCAUUUAGUACGUAGUGUUAAUUUUUGAAUAUUUUCAUUCGUUUUUUUUUUUUUUUUUUACUAUUGUUUCUCAUUCUGAUUUUUUUUUACAUUUUGUUUUCCUUUUAUUAUUGUAUUAUUUUCUUUUUUUUUUUUUUUUUUUUUUUACAAGUGCUGCUCAUUCUGAUUUUUUUAUACAUGUUGUUUACCAUUUAUAAAAAAAUCAGAAUGAGCAGCACAUUCUGAUUUUUUUAUACAUGUUGUUUACCAUUUAUGAUUGUAUUGUAGACAAUAUUGAAUUGGCAAUAUCAUGAGAAACUCAACACGGUCUCUAUAUAGUUUUAAAAUAACGAAUUUGGAUUGCACGUUUGGAGCAGGUGUUUUUGAUUUUCUCGGCGCCUCAAAACUUGUAAAUAAUUUCUUUAGUUUGUUAUAUUUUUACAUCUACAAUCCUGACUGACUCUUAUACAAGCUAUGUUGCCACACAAUUUUGAUUGUCCCUAAACAUUUGAAAGCUUAAAAUGAUUAAAGAUAUCUUUUGAUAAUCAUUUUUGUAAUUUCUAAUUACAUUUUAGUAGUUAAAAACAUUAAGUUUGAGGUUCGGCUGCACUGAUCGUGAUAGAACCUUGACCUCGACUGCUUGUUUCCUUUGUAUUUUCGUUUUGCUCUUUUUGCUAUUAUAAUUGUAAAAUUAAUUAUCAGAAUUCUCAUUAAAAAAUUGCAAUGUUUCCUACUUAUUUCCAUGUAUAUUUUGAUUGUUCCACAGACUGGUUUUACCAUCCUAACGCUUUCCAUGGCACUCCAAAUUUCACUUGUUCUUGGUUCGUUGAAACUGUUUCGAUGUCUAAAUCUACAGAAAGAAAAAAAGUCUCCUCAAAAGAUUUUUAUUUUGGUCACAGUUUCGCUAUUGCUUUGUUCUGUUUUGCCCUUGAUCAGUUUUAAUGAUUCAUCAUGAGACCCUCUGAGACGCGCCACCUCAGGGCGUUUAUAAUGCCAUGGUGUCGACCAUAGUCUAACCAUCAACUUGGG